AACUGGUCGAUGUCAUUAGUGCGUUGAAAACUCGCGAGUUGAGUCCUACACUUUGUUUUUUUUUAAACCUGUUGAAACAUCACAUUAUCUCAGUUUUUUACAUUGUGUCUCCUUCGAGUUUACGACUUUAUGUGGCGAGUGACGGACGGACUUCAUAAAUCCGCGGAACAAUUUAUCGAAUACUCCAUAUUUUCAAACGCAUCAGUAGGAUUUAAGUAGUGAUAAAUUAAAUUGACAUUUAUUACAAUGAGACAAGUAUAAUUUUCGUUUGACGUAAACUUAGAAUUGGUGGAUGAAAUUGUUACAUAGACAAAUAAAUUAAUUCGUAUUAAAUAUUUUGAUUGGUUAUUAAUAUUUAACGAAAAUGAUACAAGAUGGAAACGGGUUGUAAGAGGAAAAUGGAGAGGGGAUUUGUUUAAAGAACAAAGUAUGAUCGCACGUGUUUUGAAGACACAGCUCAUUUUGUGAAUCGACCUCGAAUUGGGUGACUGUGUUUAGCAUUUAGUAUAAUAGGACUUAUUUACAAUAACUACACAGUGCCACAGUGGAAAAAAUGAAGACGUUUUUGUAUAUAGCGUUUGCAGUAUUAGGGAUGGUGGUCGUAGAAAGUUACGGUCCAGGAGGCGGUGGUGGUGGUCCUGGGCGAGGUUGGGGCCAUGGUGGACCUGGCGGCCCUUGGGGCCACGGAGGUCGUGGUGGUCCGUGGGGACACGGUGGUCCUCACGGAGGUCCUCACGGUGGUCCUCCCGGUCCCCACGGCCAUCCGUGGGGUCACGGACCUGGAGGACCACACGGACACAUGUGGGGAGAUUCCGGUGAAAAUGACAGUGGACCUGAUGACUCUGACGAAGAUAGCUUCGAAAAAUAUGAUCCAGACGAUGAUUGGCACCGCAAACCUUGUAAAGGAUCUAUUUGCGGGAGACCAGAUAAAACAACACAACCAACAACUGCACCAACAAAACCGCCGACGGUACCAACAAAACCGCCGACGGAACCAACAAAGCCUCCAACAAAAGAACCGCCGAUAACCACCUACCAUCCUCCAUACACUUCACCAACAGAGCCACCAACCAUUCCUCCUGUGACCACAGAAAAACCCCGUCCUACAAGAACUGUACCUUCAGAACCAUCAUGGCCAACUAUGCAUCCUGAACCUCAUCCAGCACCCACCAAAAACACAUGGCCCACAGGACCCAUCUGGCCAACAAGGCCUACACGGGAACCCACAACUGAAGUGGUACCUGAAACAACAACGGAUGCAGAAGAAAUAUUUACUACCUUAUCACCAGAGAUUGAAAGUUGCAUAGAAUCCUGUCCCUCAACGCCUGAGUUUAAUCCUGUCUGUGGUACUGAUGGAGAAACUUAUCCUAAUGAAGGGAAACUGUUCUGUGCUAAAAGCUGUGGAGUCAAUGUGGAGAUAAGACGGAGAUCUGUUUGCCCACCGCCCGUCGAUAAUGGUGGUGAUCCGCCUCCUACUCAGAGGACCACGGCUCGUCCCUCACCAACACCUCCCAUGGGCCGAACCACACCUUUCUCCGAAUUCCAACAUUGCAUGAAGAGUUGUCGCAUAACUUCAACAUUCCAACCUGUUUGCGGUUCAGACCUAAUAACUUACAUGAACAUAGAUCGAUUGAUGUGCGCUCGAAGUUGCGGUCAAGAUGUUCAAGUUGUGUGUGACAAAGCGUGUAUUGCUUGUGGUAUCGUGCCUAAGACGACGCCCCCACCGACAGUUAAGCCACCAACAAUUCCACCACCAACAGUUCCACCACCAACAAUUCCACCACCAACAGUUCCACCACCAACAAUUCCACCAUCAACCCAUCCACCACCUACAGUGUCACCACCAACAACUCAAAACCCAUGUGGUAGAGUCAUUCCAGAUCCAGAUGUGCACAGAUGUAUUAAAAAUUGUCCUUUAACACAAGAAUUUAACCCUGUUUGCGGAACAAAUGGCGUUACAUUCAAGAAUCCUGGAUACUUGUUGUGUGCUCAAAUGUGUGGAAUUGAUGUGUGGGCAGCUAAAUUUGCUCCAUGUAACUCUGAGCCAACACCUCAGCCACCAACACGUCAGCCACCUACACCUCAGCCACCUACACCUCAGCCACCAACACCUCGGCCACCAACAACAAUUGAACCUCCUCCAGUCACUUUGCCUCCUAGUAUCGCGACUUGUAUACGGAAUUGCCCCGUGACAUCUGAAUAUGACCCAGUCUGCGGGACAGACGGUCUUACCUACACUAAUAUGGGAAAUCUGGUGUGUUCUAAAUUUUGUGGUGUUGACGUGAGAUUCAGAUAUAAAUCAAGAUGUUCCGACGAAUUUGAUCUCCGACCUACUACUCCAGAGGUUGAUGGCAAUAAGGAGGUGACCCAAACUUGGAAAACUGAACCGACCACCUAUAAUCCCCCUGUCACUCCUAAAUGGUCUACAACGCUAGGUUUCACCAUUCCACCUGACGUACUAGAUGACAUUUUUGGAACAAAGAAACCACAUACAACAAAAAAACCAAUUAAUCCUGACGAUGAAGAUGAAGAUCUCGAUUUAGAUUCUAGAUUUGGUCCAGGUCAUACAAUUGAUGUAGAUAAAGAUAAAUCUGAAAAAGAUAAAUCUGAAAAAGAUAAAUCUGAAAAAGAUAAAUCUGAAAAAGAUAAAUCUGAAAAAGAUAAAUCUGAAAAAGAUAAAUCUGAAAAAGAUAAAUCUGAAAAAGAUAAGUCUGAAACAGAUAAGUCUGAAACAGAUAAAUCUGGCAAAGUUGAAUCUAACAAAGAUGAGACUGAUAAAGAUAAACUUGACAAAGAUAAAUCAGAAACAAAAAAGCCUGACCAAGAUAAGUCUGACAAAGAAACAAAACAAGGUAGAAGCAGUAGUAAUAUAACAUUCCCCGAAUAAAGACUAAUUAGACUUAAAA